AUGGAUCUAGUCGUCACUCCGUCUGCAGCUUCGGCAUCGCCGUCGACGUCUGAGUCAACCUCGAAGUCAGUUGUAACAAUAUGUUCCGGCUCUGCCGAACAGCCCCGCCACCAGCUCUCGAGCAAGACUCGCUUGUCCUGCGACCGGUGCCAUGCACAAAAGCUCCGAUGUGUCAAGAACGAAGGCAUAGCUACAUGUCGGCGAUGUCUCAGACUAAAGACGCUAUGCCGGUAUAGCCCCCGUGCCACGAGGUCGUCCACGAAGCCUGGGGGACAGUCCACCCAUCUUCCUCAACCAGAUCACGAUGUCACACUCUCGACGGGCGAGUCUCUGGAAGAUAUAGAGCCAGUGCCGGUGACUGCGAGUUUAGGUGAUGUUGACUGGUGGGUUCCAGUGGAUACGCCGAUAGGUCUUGUCGAAGGCCAAGAUCAUAACAAGAUACCGGGAAUAGUAGGUUCGCGUUCAAAUUAUGGCUGUACUAUACAAGGCGGUCUUGGUGUUCAAGAGAUCUUCAGCACUAGUAUAUUUGACAGUCUGGGAGACACAAUCAUACCGGGCAAUCACAGCUCCGUCGACUGGGACCUCAUAUUUCCAAAUGACCCUAUAAAGCAAACCCUUCCCUUAAUCAACACACCCAAUCCCCCCAUUGGGCGCAUAGCUCAGAGUAUAAAUCAAAAUGCAGGAAGCUCCCUAGUAUCUACCUUCCAAAAAUUAGCGAGCCUCAGCGCCCAGAUUUACGAAUGCGGCGCAAACUUGCCAUCCCCGCACAGGAGCAGCACAAGACAAACCCAUACGGGCUACAAUAUUGGCAUCAACGCCGCGCCAAAGUCGGCUCACUUUAUCUUCGAUGAGCUAUUCCGAGUCACCACGGAGUUUAUCGAAAUUUUAGGGUGCCUUCCUAACUCAAGAAGCGAGGAAGACACCGUCCUCUGUACAGCCUCUCCAGGCUUUCAACUAUCACAGUCGUUUAAUUCAUACAGUCAAGACAUGCCAUCCUCAGACCAAUCAGUUGUUGGAGGUCACAUGGCAUCACAACCUUGGCCAUCGUCGCAUGUUGACGAUGCAACUGCCUUCAUGAUCAUGUCCUGCCACAGCAGCCUGACAGAAACAUAUGGAUCCAUCUUGCAAAUGAUGCAAAUGUGUUUAGAGCACUCGCUUAUUCCUCAAAUGGGUAGCAGCUGGCUGGUCAUUCUCCCACGGGUGCAAGUUGGCUCGGUCGAACUCCCAUCGCUGCAGGUGGGCGAUCAAACGCCCGUCUCCUCCAAAGCCACGUCGUCAAUGUAUAUGAUGACGGUCACCAUGCUCUUCUCGCGGUUGUGGACGCAGCUUGCAAGUGUCUUAAGGGAAAGUGCCGGCGCAAAAUCUAGUACUGGAAUAGCGCAAAACUCUUCAUUGGUAGAAACAAUGUGGGAUACAGCAUUAGACAGGACAGACAAGUUGAUACAGACCAUUGACUCUAUGAAGAGUCAAUUGCAUGGAUGA